AUGAGUUUGGUACCAGCAUCACAACACGGGACUGGGUCUUUAUCCUCUUCCGCUAAACUCACUAAAUUCGUCACUAUUGAAAGUGGCUACCGAGUCACUUUGCACGAGCCUCAGACCGGCAGAGUGACCUCCAUUUGGAAGCUCAACGUCGUUGAGACACAUAUCGCGAAUGGCCAAAGUGGCGAGCUGCGCGCGACGCACUUCCCAUCAGGAGAGGGCAUACUUCCACAGUGUUUGAAACACAAGAUUGACGACAUCCAAUUGACAAUGAAAUUCGCAAAUACUGAUUCGAAAUUAGUCAUAAAGCCUAGCUUCCAAAACCUUUUUAUGCCUUGUGAAGCUGAAGCGGACCCUGUGGCGGAAUUUGUUGGGGGCACGUCGUCCCUCAGUUACAGGCUCACUGGGUUACCGGUGACAACAGUAUGUAAAACAAGCAUUCAGGUGGAUUGUGAGAACCCAGAGAAAUCACCUUUUCCCUGGAGCCCAGAGGAGAUCACAGGCUGGCUACGAGAUGCUACCUUGCCUACCUCCAUGUGA